CGUGCAGGCAAAGUGCGAGCACUGCACAUGUGACGACGACCUCCAGAUAAAGUCGGUGGUUUGUGUUUGCAGCAUUUCUCCUUUCCGCAAGCCGAUAAACAUAAGAUGAGAACCGGCCAGCUAGCCCUCUUUCUUACAGCGGCUAUUCUGCCGUCCUUUGCUCUGUAUGACAGUUCGGAUGACGUGUACGAACUGACGGCAAGCAACUUCGAUAGCAUGGUUAUCAACAGCCACUAUGUCUGGGUGGUAGAAUUUUACGCCCCCUGGUGUGGACACUGUCAGGCACUGGCUCCGGAAUACAAGAAAGCAGCAAGAGCUAUGAACGGCAUAGUAAGGAUUGGAGCAGUGAAUGCGGACGAACACCAGCAACUCGGAGGGAGGUAUGGGGUUAAAGGUUUCCCCAGUAUCAAGAUAUUCGGUGCCAACAAGAACAAGCCCACAGAUUAUCAAGGUCAGAGGACGGCGGAUGCCAUAGUUGAGGAGAGUUUCCGAGUGGCUCGCGACGUGGCCCGCGAGAGGAUGGGAGCAAAGAAGACCUCGGGGGGAGGGAGUGGUGGUUCGUCUGGGGGAGGAAGUGGAGGAGGGGAAAAGGACGUGAUUGAACUAACGGACGAUAAUUUUGACCAGCUCGUACUGCAGAGCGAGGACCUAUGGCUGGUGGAAUUCUAUGCUCCAUGGUGUGGCCACUGUAAGAACCUAGCUCCCCACUGGGCAGCCGCAGCAACGGAGCUGAAGGGAAAAGUCAAACUUGGAGUGGUGGACGCGACAGUACACAAGGCAGUUGCAUCACGCUACCAGGUGAGUCAGUACCGCAAUGUACGUGUGCAUUGUGUUCUACAAAUUUUGAACCUUACUUCAAAUUUUUUGCUGAAUUCUGUGGCUGUGGUUCAUAGAUCUGCUGCAUUGCGUACAGAUAAGCAAGUUUUCUCUCGUGGCCUUGGCAGGAUUCGUUUCCCGAUCUUUCUUCUUUUUUUUUUUCCUUUUCCACCAUAAAGAUCUUUGUGUCUUCUUUUUUCCCCACCAUGAAGUUCAUUUUGUGUUAUUUUGAUUUUCUCGCGUUCUCCUGCUCUUCCCUCAGAUACAAGGAUUCCCCACCAUAAAGACCUGGCCGGCAGGUUCCAAGACGGCCGAAGGUUUCGAGGAUUACAGCGGAGGUCGGACCACCAGUGACAUCGUCCAGUGGGCGCUGGAGAGAUGGUCGGCUAAACUUCCACCCCCCGAGAUACUGCAGCUAACGGGACAGGCAGUUCUCGACGAGUGUGCGAACAAGCAGCUCUGCAUGCUGUCUUUCCUGCCCCACAUCCUGGACAGUGGAGCUGAGAGGUAGAAACGGCUACAUUGAGACUCUCCUCACACUCGGAGAAAAGUACAAACAACGCUCGUUCGGGUGGGUUUGGGCCGAGGGCGGACAGUUUCCUGAUCUGGAGGAGAAACUAGAGAUCGGGGGAUUUGGAUACCCGGCAAUGGCGACAGUCAACAGUCGUAGGAAGGUAUACUCCAUUCUGAGGGGAGCAUUCAGCAAUGAGGGACUCAGCGAGUUUGUCAGGAAUCUGAUUGGUCAGCGAGGGGUUACCGUAGCGUUUGAUGAGCUGCCGACCAUACCCGAUGUUGAGCCAUGGGACGGAAAAGACGGCGAGCUGCCUGUAGAAGACGAUUAUGAUUUGUCAGACUUCGACAUGGACGAAGACGUGGACACAAAAGACGAGCUCUGAUUGGUCAUUCAAGUCACAUGACUAAUCACCUCAAGUCACAUGACCUCUGAAACAUUGUGUAUAAUAAUAGAGCAUUCAACGACAUCAUCUUAUUAUAGUUUUACGCAUGCAGUGUGGUGGUGGUUGUUUCAUGAGAAAAGUGACAUCAAUUUUUUCCAAAAAUUGACCAUGCUUACGCAUAAAAUUUUAGUUGCGUUUACUCUAGUAAAAUCAAAAAAUGAACUGCUGCGUCAAUUUUAACAUGCAAUGAUUCUAGGGUGUGUUAUGAAGUGUUACGCAACCUUCUCAGAAUCAAGGUAGACGCCCUCCUGUAAGAGAAAUUAGGGAGAAAGAGAGGAAGGAAGAGGAGAGCAUACAUUUUUUUUUAUACACACUUUACGGGUGAAUCAGAAGCACUCACCAUGGCUCUCCAGAGGUUGCUA